AUUUCGUCCUGGCGCAUGCGCAUUUGUUCCCCAGCGGCUUCCCCCUCUCGGCCCCUCCCCUCCCGUGAUGAGGGUUGGAGUCGCCACCCCCGUGCCUGUCAGUGAAGGUUCCCGAUGGUUCUGGAAGGAGGCGGCGCCGGCGGUAUAUAAGGCGGGCGGGAGGCGGCGAAUAUCAGUGCUGUUAGUGCGGAGAAAGAAGUACGGUUAACGGAGAGAAGCAGUUACAGCUGUCACCGCUAAGAUGCCAGAAGCUGUGCAGACUCAAGACCAACCAAUGGAGGAGGAGGUGGAGACCUUUGCCUUCCAGGCUGAAAUAGCUCAGUUGAUGUCUCUGAUCAUCAACACUUUCUAUUCCAACAAGGAGAUCUUCCUGAGAGAGCUGAUUUCUAAUUCAUCAGAUGCUUUGGAUAAAAUCAGAUAUGAGAGUUUGACUGAUCCAAGCAAACUAGAUUCUGGAAAAGAUCUGAAAAUUAACCUUCUUCCCAACAAGCAUGAUCGCACCCUUACCAUUGUGGAUACUGGCAUAGGGAUGACUAAAGCUGACCUGGUUAACAACCUGGGUACUAUUGCCAAAUCUGGCACCAAAGCCUUCAUGGAGGCAUUGCAAGCAGGUGCUGAUAUUUCUAUGAUUGGUCAGUUUGGUGUUGGCUUCUACUCUGCCUACUUAGUUGCUGAGAAAGUAACAGUGAUCACCAAGCACAAUGAUGAUGAGCAGUAUGCUUGGGAGUCUUCUGCUGGAGGAUCAUUCACUGUAAGACUUGAUAAUGGGGAACCUCUGGGCCGGGGUACAAAGGUUAUUUUGCAUCUUAAGGAAGACCAGACAGAGUACUUGGAGGAAAGACGAAUCAAGGAAAUUGUGAAGAAGCACUCUCAGUUCAUUGGUUAUCCAAUUACGCUCUUUGUGGAAAAAGAACGGGAUAAGGAAGUAAGUGAUGAUGAGGCCGAGGAAAAAGAAGAAGAGAAAGAGGAAAAAGAAGAAAAGACAGAAGACAAACCAGAGAUUGAGGAUGUUGGCUCUGAUGAGGAGGAAGAAAAGAAAGAUGGGGACAAAAAGAAGAAAAAGAAGAUUAAGGAGAAAUACAUUGACCAAGAGGAGCUCAACAAAACCAAGCCAAUCUGGACACGGAAUCCAGAUGAUAUCACCAAUGAGGAAUAUGGAGAAUUCUACAAAAGCCUGACCAAUGAUUGGGAAGACCACUUAGCAGUGAAACACUUUUCUGUGGAAGGGCAGCUGGAAUUCAGAGCGCUUCUAUUUGUCCCAAGACGUGCACCCUUUGACUUGUUUGAGAACAGAAAGAAAAAGAAUAACAUUAAAUUGUACGUACGCAGAGUCUUCAUCAUGGAUAACUGUGAGGAGCUAAUCCCUGAAUAUCUGAACUUCAUGCGGGGAGUGGUGGACUCUGAAGAUCUGCCUCUAAAUAUUUCCCGUGAAAUGCUGCAGCAGAGCAAGAUUCUGAAAGUUAUAAGAAAGAACUUGGUCAAGAAAUGCUUGGAACUCUUCACUGAAUUAGCAGAAGACAAGGAGAACUACAAGAAAUUUUAUGAGCAGUUCUCUAAAAAUAUUAAGCUUGGCAUACAUGAAGAUUCCCAAAACCGAAAGAAACUCUCAGAAUUGUUGAGGUACUACACUUCUGCAUCUGGUGAUGAGAUGGUCUCUUUGAAAGACUAUUGUACUCGGAUGAAGGAAAACCAGAAACACAUAUACUACAUUACAGGUGAAACCAAAGAUCAGGUAGCAAAUUCUGCUUUUGUGGAACGCCUUCGCAAACAUGGUCUGGAGGUAAUUUACAUGAUUGAACCUAUUGAUGAGUACUGUGUGCAGCAGUUAAAGGAAUUUGAAGGCAAGACCUUAGUUUCUGUAACGAAGGAGGGUUUGGAGCUUCCAGAGGAUGAAGAGGAGAAAAAGAAACAGGAGGAGAAGAAGGCAAAGUUUGAAAACCUCUGCAAAAUCAUGAAGGACAUACUUGAAAAGAAAGUGGAAAAGGUUGUGGUCUCCAACCGUUUGGUGACCUCCCCAUGUUGCAUUGUAACAAGUACAUAUGGCUGGACUGCCAAUAUGGAGAGGAUAAUGAAAGCCCAAGCACUGAGAGACAACUCCACAAUGGGCUACAUGGCAGCAAAGAAACACCUUGAGAUAAAUCCUGAUCAUUCCAUCAUUGAAACACUAAGGCAGAAAGCAGAGGCUGACAAGAAUGACAAGUCAGUGAAGGAUCUGGUUAUUUUGUUGUAUGAAACCGCACUCCUGUCCUCUGGUUUCAGUUUGGAGGAUCCCCAGACACAUGCUAACCGUAUUUAUAGAAUGAUCAAACUUGGUCUUGGCAUUGAUGAAGAUGAUGCUGCUACGGAAGAAACUAGCCCAGCGGUUGCUGAGGAGAUGCCACCACUUGAAGGAGAUGAUGACACUUCACGUAUGGAGGAAGUGGACUAAAAUAGCCAGCGAGCUUACAGAAAAUUGAGGAUGUCCUUGGCUAAUUUGAAUAAGUUAUAUUUUGUAUAUUAUGAAUGUUACCUGCCAAAACAAUUGACACUAUCUGCAUUCCCUCUUUAUAUUUAUUUUCAAAGAUUGUUAUACCUUAUUUUUGUUACAUUGCUUUUUUUAGCUAAUGUGAGAUAGAAAUGCCAUGAAGGGAAUGUUUUUUUUUUUCUUGGUGCAUUAACACUGUAACACCCUAGACAGGCAAGGGAGUAAUUAUUUUGUCUGUAAGAGCUGGUUGCAGAUGGCAGGGGUUUUGGCUUAUUCUUUAUUGCCAGAAAUAUGGGAAAAGUAAUUUAAUGUUAUGCUAUCUGGAUGUUUAAAAGUUGUAAUCUGUUAUACAGCUCCUCACUCACUAAACAUGUCUGGCAUACAGUACCUAGUAACUAGGUAUCUAGAAGAGCUGAAAUAUUUGGGGAAGCUUUAACUCCCAUACUCCUAUGUUUCAAAGUCUUGAUGUUAAAAUCUGUCUUUUUAUACUGUAAAAGGAUUUUGGAUUGCACUCUACCAUAGAAUAGAAUCCACUGUAAAUCUUGUGAUUUAUGCAACUCUGCAUGUACAGUUCAACCUUAAAGCUGACUAAGAAUAAAAGUGUUU